AAGCCUUAUGAGUGUUGUGAAUGUGGGAAGACUUUUACCCGCAAUAAUUCCCUUCUUGUACACAAGAGAGUUCACACUGGAGAAAAACCUUAUGAAUGUGGUGAAUGUGGGAAGUCUUUUAGGGAAAAUAGUCAGCUCCUUAUCCACAAGAGAGUUCACACUGGAGAAAAACCAUAUGAAUGUGGUGAAUGUGGCAAGUCUUUUAGGUAUAAUAGUCAGCUCCUUAUCCACAAGGCAGUUCACAGUGGAGGAAAGCCUCAUGUGUGUAGUGAAUGUGGGAAAGGUUUUACCCACAAUAAAUCCCUUGUUAUCCACAAGAGAGUUCACACUGGAGAAAAACCUUAUGAAUGUGGUGAAUGUGGGAAGUCUUUUAGGGAUAAUACGCAGCUCCUUAUCCACAAAAGAGUUCACACUGGAGAAAAACCUUACGAGUGUGGUGAAUGUGGGAAGUCUUUUAGGGAUAAUAGUCAGCUCCUUAUCCACAAGAGAGUUCACACUGGAGAAAAACCUUAUGAAUGUGGUGAAUGUGGGAAGCCUUUUAGGCAAAAUAGUCACCUCCUUAUCCACAACAGAGUUCACACUGGAGAAAAACCUUACAAAUGUGGUGAAUGUGGAAAGUCCUUUAGGCAAAAUAGUCACCUCCGUAUCCACAAGAGACUUCACACUGGAGAAAAACAUUAUGAAUGUGGUGAAUGUGGGAAGUCUUUUACCCACUAUAAUUCCCUUCUUAGCCACAAGAGAUUUCACACUGGAGAAAAACCUUAUGAAUGUUGAGAAUGUGGGAAGUGCUUUAGUCAAAAUUGUCAGCUCCUUUUCCAUAAGAGAGUUCACACUGGAGAAAAACCUUAUGAAUGUGGUGAAUAUUGUGGGAAGUCCUUCAGUGAGAGUUCCACCCUCAUUCGACAUCAGAGAGUUCACAAUGGAGAAAAGCCAUAUGAAUGUACAGAUUGUGGGAAGUCCUUCAGUCGGAGUUCCACCCUCAUUCAACACCACGGAGUUCACAGCAGAGAAAAGCCUUAUGAGUGUAGUGAAUGUAGGAAAUCUUUUACGCGCAAUAGUCAGCUCUUUAUCCACAAGAGAGUUCACACUGGAGAAAAACCUUAUGGAUGUGGUGAAUGU